CACCUGUUCUGUUCAACAUUUAAGCAUGGUUCAACCACUCUCAUUCUAUUUAUCCGCGCUCGUGCUGCUUCCAGUGCAACAAAGCGUAGCGUACAAGGAUGAAGAGUAUUGCGGCAUCUGUCGGGAUCAUGUCGCCUGUGGAAACAGUGAUGUGCUGCACGGAAGCUGUAACAAGUAUCUUAACGUAAGCCUCACCAUUCUCACCCACUACCAGCAACAAAUACUGGACCGUGCGAAUGAUUUGCGUCAAACGUUCGCUUUGGGUCAUUUGCCCGGCUUCAACGAUACGUUCGGACCGAUGCAUGCCGUCAGCUGGGAUCCGGAAAUGGCCGAUCUGUGCCGUAUGAACCUCAACACGUGUAACUUCGCGCACGACAAGUGUCGCGGUACGUUACGCUUCCCGUACAGUGGUCAAACGCUCGGUAAGCUUACCAAGUGCGUAUCGCCUACGAACGUCAACGAUCUGAAGAUACGGGUUCUACCGCACGUCAUCCUGCACCUGAUCGACCGUUGGUACCUGGAGCAUGAAGUAACGAAACCCUCGGACGUUAAGCAUUACUCACAACAUUCAUCCUCCCGUAAAUUCCAGAUCGGACACUUUCUACAACUGAUCAACUGUAAUGUGUGUCGUAUGGGUUGCUCCCUGCUCUCGUAUCGCGAACACCGUAAACAUCUGGUGUGUGAUACGUACAUCCUUUGCUGCAACUACUCCUACAUCAACAUCGUCAAUCGACCCAUCUGCAACGUUAACCGGUACGAGCAGACGUGCAAAAAGGACAGCAAAUUUCCCGGCCUCUGUGAGCACUGUCACAUCUAGCAGCGGUGAUAUCGCAAUAAAAAAAAGACAACCGGCAGACUCUAUCGGUUUUUUUUUUUACG